AAACGAUUUCAGUGGAAAGUUGCACUGGAAGCUCGCCGCUGCCACCGCUCCCGCUGCCACCAUGAGUUUGGGGCUACCGAACCACGGAUGGAGUGCUGCGGGCAUCGACGUGUAUGAAAAGAUCGAGUGCAUUGGUGCUGGCACGUAUGGCCAGGUAUUCCUGGCGUCACAUCGAGACACGGGGGAGAAGGUUGCACUAAAGAAGAUUCGCAGCUUGAACGAAGUCCAAGGGCUGCCCGUGACAACGAUCCGAGAGAUCAAGGUGCUCAAAGCGAUCAACCAUCCCAACGUUGUAGGUCUGAGGGAAGUCAUCGUGACCAACGAGCUUGAAACCGGCGACUUGGACGAUGAUCCGGACUCGGACAUACCUGGGGAAAAGGCCGCCGUUGGACCAGUGCCAAUGGACUUUUCCUGUGGAUGCAUCUACCUCGUCUUGGAAUAUGUCGAACACGAUCUGACCGGUCUCCUUGAUCGACAAUAUCCGUUCACCGACGUCGAAAUCAAGUCCAUCAUGAAGCAAUUGAUGGAAGUGAUGAAGCACAUGCAUGCCGCGGACGUGAUUCACCGGGACAUCAAGUGCUCCAACUUGCUCGUCACACCGGAGCACGUGCUCAAAGUUGCUGAUUUCGGCCUGGCGCGAUCCACUCUAGGCGACGUUCCAUUCACCAACAAGGUCGUGACGCUGUGGUACCGAAGCCCCGAGCUGCUCUUGGGCGCCACAUCGUACGACGCAAUGAUCGACAUGUGGAGCAUCGGGUGCGUUUUUGUUGAGUUGUACCUUGGCCGGCCGUUGUUUUCGGGCAAGAACGAGGUCGAGCAGAUCAAGCGUAUUUUUGACGUGUGCGGCACACCGACGGCCGCACAGUGGCCAGAACACGCCGCGCUGCCGUUCAGCUCCAAGUUCGUUCCGGAGAACGGUCCAGCGAUUCCAAAUCGCCUUGCCGACUUUCUCGUGCGUGAAUUUGGAGCCCGCGUACCUCCGCGCGAGCUGCCGCCUGGAGCACUGGAUCUCAUGCUGUCGCUCCUGAAACUGAACCCGGCCAAGCGCUUGACCGCUGCCGAGGCGUUGCGGGCAAGGUACUUUCAGAGUGAACCAUGUGCCCCCGACGACCCAGAAAGCUUGCCGCCGAUUCCCUGCGUGCCUUCCCACGAAUUUCAAACGAAGAAAAUUCGAAAAGAAAACAACGCCAAACUGCGAACGACGAUGCCGUCGUCGGGUGGCGGCGGCGGCCGGUUCCCGAGUCCGUUUGCUGUCGAGUUGAUGAAGCCGCCCAAACGGCCUAAGUUGUAGUGGAAGUCGUUCUGCA